AUAAACAAAUGAACAUGGAACAUUAAUAAAAUAAUAGAAAAAAUUUGAAGAAUUGGAGUAUCGUCGUGUUCUCCGUUUCAUAUUCGGUUUUGCAAUUUACAUACCAACAACAUAACCUAAUAUCCAAAUUCUUCCUCCUUGCGAUUCGUGAUAUUUGAAAGUCUGCUUCAAUAUUUCACUUCAACUGCAAUCAACUGUAAUGGGUAUAAUCAGGAGAUUCUUCUCUUUUAUAGCAGGGAAUGUAGUUGGGAUCUAUGUGGCUCAGAAUUACCAAGUUCCAAACAUCAAGAAGGUAGUUGACACUGUCUUGUUCCAGGCCAAGGAAGUCGAGGAAAAAUAUCGCAAGCCGAAGAAGGGUGGCUCCAUCAGAACGAAAGAGGGUAUGGAUCCCCUAUAGUAGUUGCACAGCGCAGAAGAUGUGGAAUUUUAUCUCUCUAGAUCAGUCUAUUUCCAUAGUUGCUGCAUCGUGCACUUGCUGUAAGUGAUCUAAGUCCAACGAAAAAGAAGUUGAUGUAUAAUGUUAUUAUUAGUUGAUUAAGGAUUAUUUUCUUACUUCAAUUCCUAAUGGUGAUUGAUGGGAUCUUGAGAUGAUGCUAGAGGCUGUCAUCUUAUCUAUCAAACUGUGUGACAUAGAUUAGUUGUCUCCUUGCUUUCUGCAGUUCAAAUUCAAAUUUCAUAUAUAUGCAAGUUAUAUGUUGAGUUA